AUGGCCGCGUUUUUUCACUAUCCUUUCUCGUCUUAUCUCUUCUUUAUUCAAUGUAUUCUUCCUUUUUUUUCAUUUAAACUCACUGUAUAUCUUUUCUUUCUUUUUUUAUAUGUAUCUUCAUUUCAACAUUUUUUUAAAAUUUUCAAUUUUCUGUUUAUCCAUUCUUUUCGUUCUUUCUUUUCACAUUUAAUUUUUCUUUCUCUCUUUUUUUACUUUUCUUCUCAAUUCUCUUUUCUUUCUGUCUAUCUUUUUAUUUUUUCAUUGUGUCUUUUUUUUUCAUCCCUUUAUUUUUUUCAUCCUUUUUUCAUCCUUUUAUUUCAUCCUUUUUUCAUCUUUUUUUUUCAUCCAUUUAUUUCAUCCUUUUUUCAACUUUUUUCAUCCUUUUAUUUCAUCCUUUUAUUUCAUCCAUUUUUCAUCUUUUUUCAUCCUUUUUCAUCUUUUUAUUUCAUCCUUUUUUCAUCUUUUUAUUUCAUCUUUUUUUCAUCUUUUUAUUUCAUCUUUUAUCGCACCGUUUUUCAUCUUUUUAUCAUCUUUUUUCAUCCUUUUUUCAUCUUUUUAUUUCAUCCUUUUAUUUCAUCCUUUUUUCAUCCCUUUUCUUCCUUUUUCAUCUUUUUAUUUCAUCCUUUUUUUCAUCUUUUUAUUUCAUCCUUUUAUUUCAUCCUUUUUUCAUCUUUUCUUCAUCUUUUUAUUUCCUCCUUUUAUUUCAUCAUUUUUUCAUCUUUUUUUCAUCCUUUUAUUUCAUCCUUUUUUCAUCUUUUUCAUCCUUUUUCAUCUUUUUAUUUCAUCCUUUUUUUCAUCCUUUUAUUUCAUCUUUUGUCAUUUUUUUCAUCCCUUUUUCAUCCUUUUAUUUCAUCAAUUUUCAUCUUUUUUCAUCCUUUUUUUUCAUCCUUUUAUUUCAUCCUUUUUUUCAUCCUUUUAUUUCUUCUGAAUAUUCGUGUUCAUUCCUUUUUGCUUUCUUUACAUUCUUGGAAAAUUUCAAGUGUUUCUUUUUUUUCUACUCGGCCGUUUUUUCAUUCUUUUUUUCGUUUACGUUAUCUAUUCUUUCUUUCUUUAUUUCUUUCUUUCUUUCUUAAUUUUUACCUUCUUUUUCUGUUGUAUUUUCUUUGUUUCUUUUGCUCUCUUUGUCUCUCUCUCUCUGACUAUUUUCCCAAUUUUUUUGCCUCCAAAUCUAUACAAGCCUCUUUUCUUUUAGCUACUCCUUUCUCCUUUUCUUUCUUUUCUUUCCGGUCGGGAUCCCAUUUGACCAACUCAUUUCCUCUAGCUCCCACAUCCUUUCACAUCGUCUCCUCUGCUUUCACUGGCCCAGCUUCUUCACAGAAAUUAGGGUCACGAGAUAACAAGCCUCCAUUGCGAAUGUUCUCUUUUGCUACCCCCGCCAUCUCUGUUUUAUUUUCCUUAUCUACAUUGUGGCAGUGUUUUAUUUUUUUUUUCGGGUUUCAUUUUCAGUUAAUGAUCAACAGCUGA